GGGAGGUUGGGGCGGAGCACUACGAGGGGCCUGGAGCUGCUGCCCCGCUCCAGUGCGCGGGGGGCGCUGUGAGGAACCCGAGCUGUGGCUCCGCUCCCAGCCACGGGGGGCGCUGCGCCGCACCGGUGGUUGGUGGUGGCUGUUGGGGGGGUGGGGGGGAACCGCGGCCGCGGGUGGUGCGGAGGGAGGCCUUGCGGGCGGAUCGGGCGCUCGGCAGCGGAGGUGGUGGGAGGCGGCGGGCGGGAGCGCGGGUCCGGUCGACCCUGGCGAUGGCGGACGCGGCGGCCUCCCCGGUGGGCAAGCGGCUUCUGCUUCUGUUCGCGGACAGCGCGGCCUCGGCUUCGGCCUCGGUUCCCGCGGCAGCGGCGGCAACGGGCGGAGAUCCGGGGCCUGCGCUGCGCACUCGGGCCUGGCGGGCCGGCACGGUGCGGGCCAUGAGCGGGGCGGUGCCCCAGGACCUAGCGAUCUUUGUAGAAUUUGAUGGCUGUAACUGGAAACAACACUCCUGGGUUAAAGUUCAUGCUGAAGAAGUUAUUGUGCUACUGCUAGAAGGCUCUCUAGUGUGGGCACCCCGGAAAGACCCAGUCCUUGUCCAGGGCACUCGGGUCUCAGUUGCACAGUGGCCAGCUCUGACUUUCACUCCCCUAGUAGAUAAACUGGGUUUGGGUUCUGUGGUUCCGGUUGAGUACCUUCUGGAUCGAGAGCUUCGCUUUUUAUCAGAUGCUAAUGGGUUGCAUCUAUUCCAGAUGGGAACAGAUAGCCAAAACCAAAUUCUUUUGGAACAUGUUGCACUGAGAGAAACAGUUAAUGCUUUAAUCAGUGAUCAAAAACUACAGGAGAUAUUCAGCCGAGGACCUUACAGUGUUCAAGGUCACAGAGUCAAAGUAUAUCAGCCUGAGGGGGAAGAAAGUUGGCUGUAUGGUGUGGUAAGCCAUCAAGAUACCAUCACUCGUCUUAUGGAGGUGUCUGUAACUGAGAGUGGUGAGAUCAAAUCCGUAGACCCCAGACUGAUCCAUGUGAUGUUAACUGAUAAUCCGACGCCUCAGAGCGAGGGGGGUACGUUAAAAGCAGUAAAAUCUUCCAAAGGAAAGAAGAAGAGAGAGAGCAUAGAGGGGAAAGAUGGCCGAAGGAGGAAAAGUGCUUCGGACUCUGGGUGUGACCCUGCAUCAAAGAAAUUAAAAGGAGACAGGGGUGACGUAGACAGUAAUGGGAGCGAUGGAGGUGAGGCAAGCCGAGGGCCCUGGAAAGGAGGGAAUGCCAGUGGAGAGCCAGGGCUGGAUCAGAGAGCCAAGCAGCCAUCGACUACAUUUGUCCCUCAGAUUAACCGCAACAUUCGCUUUGCCACUUACACCAAAGAAAAUGGCAGGACUCUGGUGGUGCAGGAUGAGCCUGUAGGUGGGGACACACCUGUACCUUUCACUCCAUAUUCUGCAGCCACAGGUCAGACACCUUUGGCCCCAGAGGUGGGUGGAACCGAAAACAAAGAGGCAGGAAAAACACUGGAACAAGUUGGCCAGGGCAUGGUGGCUUCAGCAGCUGUGGUCACCACCUCCAGCUCCACCCCAACCACGGUGAGGAUCUCAGACACUGGCCUUGCAGCAGGGACUGGGCCGGAAAAACAGAAAGGCAGCCGGUCGCAGGCCCCAGGAGAGAAUUCAAGAAAUUCUGUUGUGGCCUCUUCUGGAUUUGGAGCAACUCUCUCAAGUUCAUCACAACCCUUGGCUUUUGGAAGUGGAAGUGGAAGGAGCCAGUCCAACGGGGUUCUAGCUACAGAGAACAAACCUUUGGGCUUCUCUUUUGGCUGUAGCUCUGCACCAGAGUCUCAGAAAGACUCUGAUCUCUCCAAGAACUUGUUUUUUCAGUGCAUGUCUCAACCUUUACCUGCCAGUAACUAUUUCACUACAGUUUCAGAGAGCUUGACUGAUGAUUCCUCCAGUCGAGACUCAUUCAAGCAAAGCCUGGAGAGCCUGUGUAAAGUCAGAUCCACUCUUGGAACAGACACUAAAUCGGGCUCUAAAGCUGGUGGCUCUGUGGACCGGAAAGUGCCUGCAGAGUCCAUGCCCACCCUCACGCCAGCCUUCCCACGGAGCCUCUUAAAUGCCCGCACCCCAGAGAGUCAUGAAAAUCUAUUUUUACAACCCCCUAAACUGUCCCGAGAAGAGCCCUCUAACCCUUUCCUGGCAUUUGUGGAAAAAGUUGAACAUAGCCCUUUCAGCAGCUUUGCACCUCAGGCAUCAGGUGCCUCUUCCUCUACGACCACUGUCACCUCCAAGGCAGCAUCCAGCUGGCCUGAAUCUCACUCCUCUGCAGAUUCGGCAUCUUUAGCAAAGAAGAAAAAUCUCUUCAUCACAACUGACUCUUCCAAAUUGGUGUCUGGUGUUUUGGGUUCAGCUCUUACCACCGGAGGUCCAAGCCUCUCUUCCAUGGGGAAUGGCCGCUCUAGCUCACCCACCAGCAGCCUCACGCAGCCCAUUGAGAUGCCUACUCUCUCCUCCAGUCCCACAGAGGAGAGGCCAACUGUGGGACCUGGGCAGCAGGACAAUCCCCUCCUCAAAACAUUUAGUAACAUCUUUGGCAGGCACUCAGGUGGCUUUCUCUCCUCCCCAGCAGAUUUUUCACAGGAGAACAAAGCUCCUUUUGAAGCUGUGAAAAGGUUCUCACUGGAUGAACGAAGCUUGGCCUGCAGACAGGACUCAGACUCCAGCACCAACAGUGACCUGUCAGAUUUGAGCGACUCUGAGGAGCAGCUGCAGGCCAAAACUGGCCUGAAGGGGAUUCCAGAGCACCUGAUGGGGAAACUGGGCCCCAAUGGGGAGCGUGGUGCUGAGCUGUUGCUGGGCAAAGGCAAAGGGAAGCAGGCCCCAAAGGGCCGGCCUCGGACUGCCCCCCUAAAAGUUGGCCAGUCAGUGCUGAAAGAUGUGAGCAAAGUGAAGAAGUUGAAGCAGUCUGGAGAGCCCUUCCUACAGGAUGGGUCGUGCAUCAAUGUAGCCCCUCACCUGCACAAGUGUCGUGAGUGCCGCCUGGAGCGGUAUCGGAAGUUUAAGGAACAGGAACAGGAUGAUUCCACGGUGGCCUGCCGUUUCUUUCACUUCCGGAGGUUGAUCUUCACUCGAAAAGGAGUACUCCGGGUGGAGGGGUUUCUGAGUCCUCAGCAGAGUGACCCUGAUGCCAUGAACCUGUGGAUUCCUUCUUCUUCUUUAGCAGAAGGGAUAGACCUAGAGACCUCAAAAUACAUCCUGGCCAAUGUUGGGGACCAGUUCUGCCAGCUUGUGAUGUCUGAAAAAGAGGCCAUGAUGAUGGUGGAGCCACACCAGAAAGUGGCAUGGAAGCGAGCAGUACGUGGUGUGCGGGAAAUGUGUGAUGUAUGUGAAACAACUCUCUUCAACAUCCACUGGGUUUGUCGAAAAUGUGGAUUUGGUGUCUGCCUUGACUGUUACAGGCUCAGAAAAAGCCGUCCACGCAGUGAGACUGAAGAGAUGGGUGAUGAGGAAGUUUUCUCUUGGUUAAAGUGUGCAAAGGGGCAGUCCCAUGAACCAGAGAAUCUCAUGCCCACGCAAAUCAUCCCUGGCACAGCUCUUUAUAAUAUUGGAGACAUGGUACAUGCUGCUCGGGGAAAAUGGGGGAUUAAAGCAAAUUGCCCUUGUAUUAGUCGGCAAAACAAAUCUGUAUUGAGACCUGCUGUCACCAAUGGUAUAUCACAGCUUCCUAGCAUAAACCCUAGUGCCUCUUCUGGAAAUGAAAACACCUUCUCAGGCGGAGGAGGAACUGCAGCAGUAACAACUCCAGAGCCUGACCAUGUUCCCAAAGCUGACAGCACUGACAUCAGAGCUGAUGAACAUCUAAAAGCAGAUAGUUCCGCAUCAAAUAGCAAUAGUGAACUCAAAGCCAUCAGGCCCCCUUGCCCUGACACAGCCCCACCCUCCUCUGCUCUGCACUGGUUGGCAGACUUAGCAACUCAAAAAGCUAAAGAAGAAACAAAAGAAACAGGGUCUCUGAGGUCGGUGCUCAAUAAAGAGUCUCAUUCACCUUUUGGGCUGGACUCUUUCAACUCUACUACAAAGGUUUCUCCGUUGACUCCAAAGCUUUUUAACAGUCUACUAUUGGGUCCCACUGCCUCCAACAACAAAACUGAAGGCUCUAGCCUUCGAGACCUCCUUCACUCUGGACCUGGAAAGCUUCCUCAGACCCCCUUGGACACAAGCAUACCUUUCCCUCCGGUCUUCUCUACAUCCUCAGCAGUAAGUGCUCUCUCUACAAUUCUAGCCUUUGAAGUUUUUCUAUGUGAAAAUCAGAUAUGAUAUAACUGUCUUAGA